ACGUUUCCGUCAAGACACUGUUCGAAGGUCGGAAGCAUACUCCGUUAGAAAAGACAAUCAGAGGCAAUCGAGACUAUGUUGGCUGCAGAGUUUUUUGACAAGGCUUACAACAGCGGAAACCGUGGGACGUCGAUACAGGAAACGAGCGCAAAAAAUUGUGUAUUGAACUUUGACGACGGCGAUCCUUCUUCUAUUCCUGCAAGCCUCGGUAUCGUGACAGAUAGACGCACCGAACAUGUUGAAAUCAACAGCUUUCCUGAAGAAAAAGUCCCAACAGUAUCAAGUACAAAAGAGAAUGCGCUCGCAAAAAUGGCUGGUUUGUCCCUUCCUAUUGGAAAUGUAAACCCAGGCGGUCGUUUUAGCCCCGGCACCAAACUUGAUUCGAAUGGAAUUCACGAUCUACAAGUUACUAAACCGGGUUCGUUAUACCCAUUUGUCCAAGAACUAUCUACUGAAAGUGAGAAUUAUGCUGCAAUACAAGGGAAAUCUAUCCCCGUCACUUCAUCUCCUAGCCUCCGCUGGCAAAUGUAUUCAGAGAAUGGAAUUACGGAGACUGAUAGUGAUAGGACGAAUGUGCUAAGCUACGAGAGGAAGAUUCCUGAAUGGUUAGAUGCGAAAAAAAUCAACGAUGAAGAUUCUUUCUCUGAAAAUACAAACGUAUGUUUAAGAAAGAGAGAUGCAAAGGGCAGAUACCUUGCGACAGAUACGGGAUACACUCGAGACUAUGAAGACAGAUCUAUGCAAGAGAAGGAAUCAAUCCAAAACUCCAGAACACGAAGGCAGGACAUUAGGGGAGCUGUGCGAAAAAAAAAUUAUGAAAAAAUUAGCAGGGACAAUGAAUUUCUCAAAAAGACCAUUGUCCAGCUUGAGGUUGACAUCCUUGAUCUAAAGGAUUCGCUAUCGAAAGCACAUCAUUGUAUAAAUCAACUUGGUACUGAUAAGAAAAACCACUUGAAGAAGGCUUCACGCACAAAUUCUCCUUUUCUCCAGGCUCCAAAUGUUUCACUAGAAGCUUCCAACAUUAUUUCGAAUGGUUCUGAUGUAAUGCCUCUAGGGAAGUUAGAAGCGGUAGGAGACGAAACUCAACGACAUGAAUCAACGCAAUGUGUCGAGGGACUGCUUCGUGAACUCGAGAAUUCGAAGUUUAAAGAAGGAAAUUCGAAGGAAAAGCUAGAGUCAUUACAGAUAAGAUUGGACCAAACUCAAUCAAUUUAUUCAGAAACUAUGAAAACUGCUUUGCAAUCAGCGAACGAUAUGUACCUGAAGGUCGAAAGACUGAAGAAAGAUAUAUUUUGGAUCGACGAUAACUCAUUUGACGAUUUCACAUGGACUAGGAAAUUAAACAUGGGAGCUCCACUAGAAUGUGCUAGAUUGUAUGAAGAAGGAGCGCAGGACGAAAGCUUGGUCAAGACACCAAACGGAGGAUUCGACGAAAAGGCACAUAGUCGAACGGGGCGGAAACUCAUACCACACGAAGAGAUGAAAAAACUAAUGAUAGUCGAAACUGAUGAAAAAUGUAAUGACAAAGCAACACACAACGAGACCGAGAACAGCAGUUUCUCAAAGAUCAAUUCAAACACUGAUUCGGGAUGGGGAAGUAUCGAUGGAGAUGGCUCAAACAAUUCAAGCAAACGUGUGAAUCAUGGAUGCGUCUCGCCAAAACCGCCAAAAUAUUUUGGAAAUAAUGAGACAGGAUCUUUGGAUAGACAAGCUUCCAUCCGACUAAUUUCUCGAGACGACAUUUUGCAUCGAAUUGAUGCUGCUACUGAAAAGCAACGUUAUGACGUUGUGAAAACGUGUUCUAAUAGUAAGGAAACAGAAAGCGCCAAAUUACGCGAAGGGAAUAUAUCAUCUCAUGACACCGGUGACGAAGCACCUUUAAGGUCAUCGUAUCCUGACUUGAGUAGUAGUAGCUGGUCAGGAGAAAACAAGCAAUCUUAUCUUUCAAAUAGCAAGCAUACUAGUCAAUCUUCCGAAGAAAACAAUGCGACGAAACAACGAGCAAAAUCUACGAAGGUGCCUUCUCUCAGCAUAGAGGAAAAUGGAAAGACGCAUGUUGAGAGAAGUUCAUCGAGUGAAAUGAUAAAUAAGUUAAUGCUAUCGAAGAAAAGGCUGCAAAGAGCUGAUCAGAAACUGAAUGCACUUGUUAAGGAAGCGGCUCUUCUAAACUCAAUUCCACAACCUGAAGUCCCACGACUCGAUAAUUCGAUCGAAGUGGCAGACAACCAUGAUGGAAGUAUAGAAGUAAGCCAUCUUUCAUACACUCAUAUUUGAAGGCAUAACGACUCAUUAUUCGUUUGAUUACUUCGUUACAAUGCGUUCCUUUCCACUCUCAACUACUUCAGCUUUUAAAUU